AUGAUCGGAACCAAGACUUUCAGCUCCGAAGAGGAGCAGUUGCUCUCUCUAUUGGACGAAAACCCGGGCCAAUAUCCGCUCGUUUCCAGUCAGGAUCCAGUGAUUUUCCACAACGCCUCGUACGAGCGCGAAUUAUUUAUGGAGUACAACUAUGACUUUGGUGGUGAGUCCCCGAGCUCAUCGCUUCAGCACGAGGAUGAGGAGCCCGUCUUCUUGACCGAGCCUAAAGUCGAGCCAACCUGGCAUCUCUCUCCAUCAGAAUCCGAGGACCAGAUUACGUCUCCACCAGCUUACAUGCACCAUUCGAAGCCAAUGAAAAUGCCCACCACCAAGCGUGCUCCAACUUCAAGCUUUAAUCCAUACUGCAGCGGACCUCUUAUUAAGGAGCCGAGUAAUACCAGAUCUCGCGGAAACAGUGUUCACAUGUAUAGAAGCGAAAGUCCAAACUCCAAGCGUGGACGUCCAUCGAAGGCCACCAGCAACAGCAAGAUGGCAAACUAUGCCCGCAACUACCGUGAGCAGAAGAAGAACGAAUUGUCAAUGAUGCAACUGCGCAACGCAGAACUCGAGGCCGAGCUGAGACUCGCUCGAGAUGAGAAUUCUAGGAUGAAGUCGGCUCUCACCAAUGCCCGAGAAGAGAUUGCUCAACUCAAGAAGGUUAUCGAUCAGGAUUCCCAAAUCGCCCGAGUUGUCGCCACAAUGGGACAGUCAUCCUCGUCACAGUUGGGAUUCGGAGCACGUGCAGGAGUCUGCGUCCAUGUCGGAUCACUUGGAACCACAGUUGAAGUGUGCAAGCAGUGCGCGGACAAUAACCAACAGCGCAUGGACACCAAACUUGUCGAAGAUCUCAAUUCAACGGAGCUUUUCAAUGGCGACUUCUCCGUUUUCGACUCAUUCCUCGGCGGAACCUAUCGCCUAUUCCAACGCCUGGGACUCACUAUCCACAGUGAUGAGGCGGAAAUGGAUCGUACUAAGAAGCCAUGUCAGCAGAAAUGUUCGAUAUUGUGGUGGAGUACACGGAGAAAGCCCCUUCCAGGCACUGCUCUCCAACCCCUUCAACAUCCUCCUCUUAUGCCUCCUCCUCCGCCUCAAGCAGCGGUGCAACAACCCCAACGAACUCUUCGGGACACAAUCCUCGUGUUCGUCGCUUCUCAAAAAAUUGACAAGCAACACCAACAACAGAUCGCCGAGAGUAAAGCUCGUCUCGAAAAAUAUACACGAGCGAGAGAAGAGUUGCACGCAGGGAAGAGCCAAACGGCUAUUAUGUGCGAAGGCCUAACAACAGAAGCAAGAUCGCUGCGCGAAUCAUAUGAAAGACAACGGCCCACUGUUUACCGUGCCAUAUUUACUGCAUUUUUGGAGCAAGAUGAGGAGGAGGAGGCGUACGAAGAUGGAUUCAUCGGGACUUAUUAUUAUUGA